UCUCAGAUUCCCUGUGUCUCGAGCAGAUUCGUCUUGCACCCAGAUUGAGAAUGAAGUGCCUGAUUCUGUCCUUUGCAAUUGUCGUCGUCCUGGCUUCCCAGGCCAAGGCCGGAAAUGUGAUUAUCGGCGGAGUAUGCCAGGAUUGCAGUCCUCCGGUGGCGGAAAACGUGGUCGUCGGUGGCCAGUCCUACAGGACGGGUAGGCCGGGCCAGGGAACGGUCUAUAUCAAUUCCCCUGGCGCAUAUCCCGGAGCUCUCGAUGGUCCAAUCCGGCGAGCUGGCGCUAGCGCCGGAGAACGCGGUGGCACCCGGUAUCCGAAUGGCUACAGUGGUCGCCUGCCAGGUGGCACUUACCUUCACAAUAAGGAUUGUGUGGGCUGCAGCAUCAGCGGGGGUGGAGAUUAAAGAAAUUAUACUGUUUUUAGUACAUAAAAUACCUCGCAUUUUUUUAUUUUCUGGCAUUACUUAAAAUUCAUUAAUAAAUUUUAAAAGCUUAAA